AUGGCUUCAACCGCUGUGCCCCUGCCUGUAAAGGCCUCUCUCCGGCGCAAUGUGACCGACUCAACCGAGUCCUCUGCUGCCGUGUCCCCCAUGGACUCCCCCAGACCGUCGGCUUCGUCCACGUCUCUGUCGUCUCUGUCCUCAGUUGACGUUGCCGGUGUCAAGGCCGCCGACUACGGCCGCCUGGUCGACACCUACGGCAACGAGUUCAAGGUGCCCGACUUCACCAUCAAGGACAUCCGCGACGCCAUCCCCAAGCACUGCUUCAAGCGCUCCGCCCUCAAGGGAUACUCGUACAUCAUCCGCGACAUCAUCUGCCUGGCCACCACCUUCUAUGUCUUCCACAACUACGUGACCCCUGAGAACAUCCUCUCAACCCCCGUCCGCGGUGCUCUCUGGGCCGUCUACACCAUCCUGCAGGGCCUCUUCGGCACCGGCCUCUGGGUCAUUGCCCACGAGUGCGGCCACGGCGCCUUUUCCGACUCCAGCCUCAUCAACAACGUCACCGGCUGGUUCCUCCACUCCGCCCUGCUGGUCCCCUACUUCAGCUGGAAAAUCUCCCACCACAAGCACCACGCCUCCACCGGCAACAUGGAGCGCGACAUGGUCUUCCUCCCCCGGACUCGCGAGCAGCACGCCACUCGCAUCGGCAAGAUGGUCCACGAGCUGUCUGAGCUGACCGAGGAGACGCCCGCCUACACUCUCUUCAUGCUGGUCAUGCAGCAGCUGGUCGGCUGGCCCAACUACCUGCUCACCAACAUCACCGGCCACAACUUCCACGAGCGCCAGCGUGAGGGCCGUGGCAAGGGCAAGCACAACGGCCUGGGCGGCGGUGUCAACCACUUUGACCCGUCCAGCCCUCUGUACGAGGCCAAGGACGCCAAGUACAUCCUCAUCAGCGACAUUGGCUUGAUCCUCGCCUUCAGCGCCCUCUACUACCUCGGCAGCACCUUUGGCUGGUACAACAUGGCCAUCUGGUACGGCGUCCCGUACCUCUGGGUCAACCACUGGCUCGUUGCCAUCACCUUCCUGCAGCACACCGACCCCACGCUCCCUCACUACACUGCCGAGGAGUGGAACUUUGUCCGUGGCGCUGCCGCCACCAUCGAUCGUGAGAUGGGUUUCAUCGGCCGUCACCUGCUGCACGGCAUCAUCGAGACCCACGUCCUGCACCACUACGUGGCCACGAUCCCCUUCUACAACGCCGACGAGGCCUCCGAUGCCAUCCGCCCCGUCAUGGGCGAGCACUACCGCUCCGACGUCAAGGACGGUGCCAUUGGCUUCAUCCGUGCCCUGUGGACCAGCGCUCGCAUGUGCCACUGGGUCGAGCCCAGCGCCGAGGCCAAGGGCCCUGGAAAGGGCGUCUUGUUCUUCCGCAACCGCAACGGUCUGGGAACCAAGCCCGCGGUCCUGCCCAAGCCCGAGUAA